AAGAAAGGCUUCGUUGUGCGCGGUACUGUGGGGGAACCAGCAGCAACGAGCGACCCAAAACAUACCAUCCCAACCCACCCAUCCCACCCAUCAACUCCACACUCAACAACGCAAAAGGCCCAACCGAGUGACUCAUCCGGCAAAGGAGCGCCCCCCCAGCCCAGGAGUGUAGUGUUGCAGCGAAAUGUUUUCCUUUUUCAAGAGCAAAAAACCCAGCCCCACACAGGUGCCGACGGAACCGAUCCCGGGCGCUGGUUCGGCGGCCCACCACCAGCAGCCGCCCGCCGCGGACGAUUUCAUCUUUAUCGAGCGCCGUGGCGGCGGUCCGGCCCAGCCCGCGGACGAAACGCUGGCGCCCGGCGGCACACCGGGCGGACCGGCGGCCGGCAGUGCCCUGUACCCGGCCGUCCCGGAGCCACCGGGCGGAGCUGGCGGCGACGCGGUCGGCAAUCCGGUGCCGGUGCGGCAGCGCAGCGACGAGAAGGUGGCCGGCAACGCGGUGCACGGUGUGCCGUUCCGGCUUUCGGCGGACAUCGGCCAGCCGGCGGACAUGGAGAUUACGCGCAUCCAGGCGAACGAGAUACUCACCUACAUCGGCCAGGUGAUGUACGCGCCGGACUAUGACUUUAGCCUCGAACGGAGCGUGCUGCAGGACUAGGAACGGGGCGGGCGGGCGGGAACCCACACCCACGGAACGACGAGGCGCAGGGGAUGUGAUAUUGCUGCUAGCUUUGCUGAGUUGGGGCGAAUGAGGGGCAGGGGGGGGGGGUUCAAGGAUCGUAAAUGGGGAAAUGGGGAAGCUUCUAUUUUAUAACGUAUUCGCCUUCCCGACGCCGACGGGAAGAGACCACUGUUGCUGCUUUGUUAUAUGCUGACCAAAUAAAUGCUUACGUGAUAAAGGUUGUUCAGCGCCGA